AUGCUGACAGACAGUGCAGUCUUCGCCAAGUCCAGGGAACGAACAUUAACAAACGAAAUGCACAAACUACAGCCUCUUUAUGGGGGCGCGAUUGUCUGCCCGAUACCCGAAGGCUUUCUAGAUGCCUCAAUUCUAAGGGAAGUCCCCGAUACACAGGAGGUGUUUGUCAACUCAAGAGAUGUGAGCGAGCAGGGCAAAUUUGAAGAUGGGCUGGGGCUCGAUGAAAGCAUCAUUGUGGAUCUUUUAGAACGCGUAGAAGCAAGUAACGAUAGAGCAGCCUUAGAGAUGCAUCUGGAAGAAAUCACCGGUCUGAACGGCAGCAACGAUUGGACUGUGGCGAGACUCGCAAUCGGCGACGGAGUCGUAGCUCACCAGACAUGUAUAGCGGUAGAAACUGCCUAUAAGUGGGGCAAAGAAGACCACAGCGAAACGCUGGUAUUGUGUGUGGCGUUGCUGCGACUUGAAGACGUACAGACAGAUGUCGUGCUGAGUGUAAAUUUGCCAAUUAACAAAACAGAUUCACUCAAAGAUCUGCACGACUGGAUCAAGGACCCGACAACAGAUGCUCCACGUCAAGUCGAGUCUGCUUAUAACGUUUUGACCACAAUGGCGUCCAAUUUCAAGGUGUUGGACUCCAGCCUUUUCGUAUAA